AUGUUGAAGGAGCUGGAGUUGGAGAGUUCCAGGACCUGCUGGGAAAAUAUCCAAGGAGGCAGUGCUGGCAAGAGAGCAUUUUGUGCACCUCUUCUGCAAGAUGGGGUUGAAGCUGUGAUUGAAGCUCCACCACUGGAAGAAAAAGCUAAUGAUGGGAAAAUUCAUCAUCAUGACUUGUCAUCUCAGAUUUCAGCUGUUUUCCCAGUGGAUCCUGAUGAUCUAGAAGUUUCACUGCAUAAUCAAGAUUCUCAUGUGAGGACCAAAAGGCAAUUGAUGACUGAUGCUGACUGGGUUGAUGAUGAUGGCCAAGAGUUCCCUGAGGACCUUUUCCACUAUUAUAUCAAGGGUGGUGAAGGACCCAAAUAUGGCAUAGAAACAGCCCCUGAACCUGCCACCAAGAUGGAGUCCCUUGAGGAAGACUGGUUCUUGUCAGAGCUUGGUGAAAAUGAAGAGUCAAUGUGGCACAAAAUGCCCAAAGACUCAAGCAGCUUGUCAGACCUGGAUUUCACUGCCAACCUUGGCUCAAAGAUCCCUGUACAUGUGGUCACAAAGAUUAAUCAAGCAGUGAAACCAGUUUCUGAUGCAACAGACCAGGAAGUUGCUCUUGAAGGAGCGGUUGCACCAGGGCUGGCAGAUGUUCUGGCAACCGAGCAAAGCACUGAUUGGCAUAAACUGUUUAAAAAGAUGCCCAAGGGAGAAGCAUCAUUGCAUCCGUCCUUGUUCAAUGGGCCAACCACUGUAGCUCUUGCAGCAAUGUCCGGCUUCCUGAUGAUGAUGUCAUACCUGGCUUGGUACGUCAAUAAACCACAGCAUGAUGAGAGGAAGAUCAGAGGUGUCAGCUCUAGACAGUUUCAUGAAUCAGAGCCCCCUCCAGCUGAAGUGGGAUCAAUUGCUUUGGAUGAUCUCGAAGCCCUUCUUGAAUAGUCUUUUCAUCUUCGUUCCCUUCAUCAAAUUGGCAAAUUUUUUAAAGUUUUAUUUACGCGUCCUUAUGAGAAUGGAGCUCUGCGCUCUUUGAUUAGAUCUGAGCGUUCUCGCACCGCUGCCCACUCCUGUUGCUUGGCUUUCACAAAUGGCGAUACUCGUGGGGACUUUAAUCUCGGCCUGUCGCGGAAAGUCAACUGCGACUCGUGCGAAAGAUCUAGCAAAAUUCACGAGAACAGCGUUGGAAAGUUUUGUGGAAUUGUUAUUGAAAGUAUUUAAUUGCGA